AUGUUCAUAAUAAAAUGUAAAUUUUCUUUCAUAAUUUUUCUUUACAGUUUUUCAUUAACAAAAUCUUUACAUUUUCUUGGUGGUUCAUUUACUUAUAAACAUAUAUCACAGAUCGUUGAUUCUAAAAUCUAUAAAUCUAUUCUAGUUGAAAUACGUUUUCAUAUAUCAAAUCAUUUUUUUCUUUGUACAUCUGAACAAAUUAACGAACAUGUAAUUAUUUAUCUUAUCGGCGAAAAUAUUCCAUAUGAUAAUCAAACAAAAGAAUAUUUAUGGAAUCAGACUAUAGCAAAGAAAAAAGAUAAACAAUAUUAUAACAUAAAAUGUUUGAGUGAAACACAUAAUAGUACUUGUCAAAAUUUUACACAAAAAAUAUCGGGAUAUUGUGAAGGUGCAAAUGAAAAGAAUGGUUAUUCAAUAUUAAAACGACAGUUUUUACUAAUUGUUGAAAGAUUCAAACCUUUAAAUCUUCAUUAUUCUGCAUGCUGUUGGCCAAAUUCAUCGUUCAAAAACUUUUAUUUUAAUUUAUCUAUUGAAACUGAUUUAACUCGAAUAAAUUCAUCACCUUAUCCAUAUAUUCCUGCUUCGUAUUAUGUUGCAUUUAAUAAAUCAAAUACAAUUAAAAUCUUUGCUUUUGAUAUUGAUGGAGACGAAAUUUUAUGCGCACCUUAUCAAGAAGAUACAAGUGGUUUUUUAACUGUAUAUGUUGAUAAUGAUUGUAAAUUAAAAUAUAAAAUUGAUCAAUCUGGUAAACAAUUUGGUCAGUUUUGGUUAAUGGAUCGAUUUCAAAAUCGAAUAUUAUCACGUACACUUAUUAGUAUUCAAAUACAUGUUUUAGAUAAUGUAAUUUGUAAUAAUGAACCUGAGUUGAUUGUUCAAAAUAAAGAUCAUCGUACGAAUAAAUCUAUAAUAAAUCUAAAUGAAUUAAUUCAUAUAUCGGUUCGCCUACAUCCAAAUUGUGUAUCUAUUCAACCUCAAGAUCAAACAAUUACUGAAAUUACAACACUAUGUACGAAUAAUCAACCGAUUAUUUUAGAAAAUGGAGGUAUUGAAGUUAUAU